AUGUGCCAAACAACAAGCCAUGUGCCAAACACAUCUCUCCAUCCUUCCUACAAUCGCUAUCUGCUUUGCGACUUUCCUCAAUCGCUUUGUUUCGAUUCGCAAUCGAUCUUCCAAAAACUUGACGAUCUCGAAAGUGCGAUAGAUGCCUUACCUACCGCGCCAGUUUCCACCGUGGAUUUAGAAAGCUUGGUAUCCCAGAUAAAAGACACGAUUCAACAACCGAUCACAUACAAAACGUGUGCCGAUGUGCCAAACACUUAUCCAUCGGGGCUUUAUUUGAUGGCCGGCGAGUUUAGACAACCAUAUUAUGCUUAUUGCAAUAUGGAUUAUAGCGGUGGAGGUUGGCAAGUGUUUCAACGGAGAUUCGAUGGAGUGACCAACUUCUAUCGUGAUUGGGCCUCUUACAAGGCUGGCUUUGGCGACAUGUCGUCUGGCGAGUUUUGGUGGGGUCUGGACAAUCUAUUCCGCGUAACAAAUUUGGCCCCUCACGAAUUGACGGUCGUGUUGGAGGACUUCGAUGGAAUAACCGCUUACGCCCGAUACAGUGGAUUCCAGAUCAGCGAUGAGUCCGAUCUGUACCGGAUGAACAUCUUGGGAACCUACUCUGGAACUGCAGGCGAUGCAAUGAGAAGCCUUAGCGUUGGUUACGUCGAAAUGGAGUUGGUUAGGGUUUUAGUUUUCACCUUCAUCGUGACAAAGGAACUAGUAUUCGGUGUCACAUUGUUGUUGUCGCAGUACCAGAGUGAACUGGAUGAAGUUAAACUCUAUUUCUACACACCACAUACCACGCAUGAUGUUACCAAAGAAGACAUCUAUCCUUCUCUAGUUGUGCAGCCGCAAAAGCAAUUUAAGGUGCUAAUUCACGGCUGGAACGCUGACCGUGAUCAUAUAGCAACGCGCCCAGUACAGAGUGCCUAUCUGGUACGGAACGACUGUAAUCUUCUGGUGGCAGACUGGUCAAACGUUUCGGCACAGUUAUACCCGACAGCACGGAAGCUGGUGUUACCCGUGGGAUUUCGUAUUGCCAGCAUUUUGGCUAGGUUUAUGGAUCAAUUUGCUAUCGGCCACAACCAGGUACACAUCAUUGGCCACAGUCUCGGAGCACAUGUGGCUGGUAAUGUUGGCCGCUACUUUGCUGGGAAAUUGGCUCGAAUCACUGCGCUCGAUCCAGCCGGCCCUCUGUUCCGGCCACAUUCACGCGAUGCUGUCGCACCAACUGCAGCCCAGUUGGUAGAUGUAAUUCACACCGAUGGAUCCGUUCUUGGGGAACUCGUGCUGAGAGGACAUAUUGAUUUCUUCCCCAAUGGUGGCUUAUCUCCCCAACCGGGGUGUGAAACUCUCGAUUUGUUGACACUGCAUGCAUGCAGUCAUUACCGUUCCACUGGGUUCUUUGCUGAAUCAAUCUUGCUGCCCAACAAUUUUAUAGCUGCCCAGUGUAACCUUCAACAGACUCCAGAAGGACAACCUCAAGGAUGCUUACCAGUGUCUACCGAUUUCUCCAUCAAAAUGGGCGAAGAACUGGACACUCUUAUUCGUGGAACGUUCUUUCUCCAAACGGCUCCUGUUCCUCCUUACGGACUCGGAAACAUAACAAUGCACUAAUAGGAGUAUAAAACCUAUUUAUUGAAACGUAAACAAUACGCUCACAUAACGAGCAUUGCAUCUUGUUGC